AAGGAGGGUCUGUUGCUACCGGCAUUGAGGACGCCAUCGUUGCCGGUAUAGGAAGGAUUGGGGCAUUAAAAAUAAGCACAUAAUAGCGUUUUAAUUUAAUUUGUUUUAUUUAUUUAGAGUACUAACUUGAAACUGAACAAAAUGCCCGGAUAUUCCGACAGAGACCGCAGUCGCGACAGAAAUUAUGGCAGCAGUUACAGCAGUGGACCCCCGCGGUUUGGUGGAAGUCGAGGUGGUCCUCCGCCUGGGAAGAAGUUUGGCAGUCCAGGAGACAGACUGCGUAAGAAACACUGGAACCUGGACGAGCUGCCCAAAUUCGAGAAGAACUUUUACCAAGAGCACCCAGAUAUAGCCCACAGAUCAUCACAGGAAGUGGAGCAAUACAGGAGGAGCAAAGAGAUCACCGUGAAAGGGAGAGACUGUCCCAAGCCGACAAUCAGGUUUCAUGAGGCCAAUUUUCCCUCCUAUGUUAUGGACGUGAUCAAUAAACAGAACUGGACUGAUCCAACUCCAAUCCAAGCUCAGGGGUGGCCACUGGCACUAAGUGGCAAAGAUAUGGUUGGCAUUGCUCAGACUGGAUCUGGAAAAACUCUUUCAUAUCUGCUUCCUGCUAUUGUGCACAUAAACCACCAACCAUUCCUGGAGCGUGGAGAUGGACCUAUUUGCCUUGUGUUGGCUCCCACUCGUGAGUUAGCCCAACAAGUCCAGCAGGUCGCAGUAGACUAUGGAAAAGCUUCUCGUCUCAAGUCCACCUGUAUCUAUGGAGGAGCUCCCAAAGGACCACAGAUCCGUGACCUAGAGAGGGGGGUUGAGAUUUGCAUUGCAACUCCAGGGAGGCUUAUAGACUUCCUUGAAGCUGGAAAGACAAACCUGCGCAGAUGCACAUAUCUUGUCCUGGAUGAGGCUGACAGAAUGCUGGAUAUGGGAUUUGAACCUCAGAUCCGUAAAAUCGUUGACCAGAUUAGGCCAGACAGACAGACUCUGAUGUGGAGUGCUACCUGGCCCAAAGAGGUGCGUCAGCUGGCUGAGGACUUCUUGAAGGAUUAUGUCCAGAUCAAUGUGGGAGCUCUGCAGCUCAGUGCCAACCACAACAUCCUGCAGAUAGUGGAUGUAUGUAAUGAUGGAGAGAAAGAAGACAAGUUACUGCGCCUGCUUGAGGAGAUCAUGAGCGAAAAGGAGAACAAGACCAUCAUCUUUGUGGAAACUAAGAGGAGAUGUGAUGACCUCACGAGGAGGAUGCGUAGGGAUGGAUGGCCUGCGAUGGGUAUACACGGAGACAAAAGCCAGCAGGAGAGAGACUGGGUGCUUAAUGAAUUCAAGUUUGGUAAAGCACCUAUUCUCAUUGCUACCGACGUGGCGUCAAGAGGUCUAGAUGUUGAGGAUGUCAAGUUUGUGAUUAAUUUCGAUUAUCCCAACAACUCUGAGGACUACAUCCACCGCAUUGGCCGCACGGCACGCAGCCAGAAAACCGGAACAGCCUACACCUUCUUCACACCUAACAACUUUAAACAAGCGCAAGACCUCGUCUCUGUCCUCCGUGAAGCCAACCAGGCAAUCAAUCCCAAGCUCAUUCAGAUGGCAGAAGACAGAGGAGGUCGUUCAAGGGGCGGUCGAGGUGGCGGGUAUAGAGACGAUCGCCGCGAUCGUUACUCUGGAGGCAGACGGGACUAUAACUACGGCCAAGACAGUCGCAGCAGCGAUUGCAGUUACGACAACGGACCAAAGAAAGCCUUCAGUAACAAGACACAGAACGGUGCAGCGUACAGUAAUGGGGCCAGUAAUUACAAUGGAAACAGCAAUAAUGGCUUCAGUGGUGCUUACAAUGGACGGUCCAACUUUAAUGGCAAUCAGGCUGGUGGUUUUGGAAAUCAGGCUUUCCAGAACAAGCAGUUUGAAGCCAACCAGGGAACUGCUCUGAAUGGUGCGAACCACAAUGCACAGUUUCCCUUCAACCCUCAGCAGCAGCUGCCAUUACAGCCCAUGAUGCCCUUUUCCAUGCCCCCUCCUAACUUUCCUUAGAUAAACUUGUGCACACCUGCAUACGCACAGUAUAAUUUAUUGCCUUGCGUAACUUCUAUAUUUUGUGACUGUUAAUGUUCCCCAUCGAACAGGAUUUAAAAUGACUUCUAUUCCAUCUUUGUCCUAAAGUCUGCAGUGCAGCAGCAGUGAUGGUGCACUUUUGUGGAUUUUUUUUUUUUUUUUUUAUAUAUAUUCCAUUACUCAUACUUUUUUCGCUACUUUUUGUAUUAGUUUCAUCCAUUCUUAAAAUUUACACCUGUAAAUUUUCAGAUAUUAUUCUGGGCCAUUACACGGCUCUUAAAUAAAACAAAAAACCCA